AUGACCAAAGCUAACCCGAGAGAAUUCUAUCAAAUCAACCCGGAAGUUGAAAGGAAUUUGCGUAAGGUGCGGAGAAAAUUGAAAUUUGUGUGUUCUACUGAGGGAACACUUCCUACAUCUGAAGCCACACCACUUUUAUCAUCUCCAGUCACAAACAUACCAUCCAUUCCCUUACCUGAUCCUAACCNAAACAGAAUNGCACNGAGAACCAUUAGACAGUUAGCCACCUCCCACAAUACAGUUACCCAAAGUAACAUUGAAUACCCCAAUGAGGAGUGGGAGUUGAGACCUGACCUGCUAAAUGCCUUACCGAAGUUCAAUGGGUUAUCAAGGGAGAAUCCACACAAACACUUGAGACAAUUCCACAUGCUAUGUGAAAAUUUCAGAUCUCCCAGGAUCACAAUAGAAAGCCUGAAGAUGAGAGCUUUUCCUUUUACUCUUCAAGGAGCAACUCAAGAUUGGUGGUAUUAUCGCUCUGCACGGAUUACAAAUUGGGAAACCAUUGAAAGACUAUUUCUUGAAAAGUUUUUUCCUGCAUCCAGACUAUCUGCCAUCCGUAGGGAAAUUCAAGAUAUAAGACAGAGAGAUAGAGAGAAUCUCAGUGAAUAUUGGGAAACAUUCAAGAAGGUAUGUGCUUCAUGCCCUCAGCUUCAAAUGACAGACUUUAUUCUAUGCUUUUAUGAAGGAUUAAGUCCAACUGAUAGGUCAUGGGCAGAUGCUGCAAGCGGAGGAUCUUUCUUAGACAGGUCACCAGAAGAUGGGAUAGAUCUAAUAGAACGGAAGGCAGUAGAUAAUCAACAAUAUGGAACAAGAGAAAAUUCAGUAACUUUNUUGAAAGGAGUACAUGNAAUUGAAAAUGGUGUAGUUGAUGGAAGGAGGAUAGACGAAAGAUUGAAUAAUUUAGAAAGCAAACUCGACAAGAUUGCAAGUAUGUUUAAAACCUCCACUCCACAUAUUGCUAAGAAGUGUGGAAUUUGCAUUUCAACUGAUCACUACACUGAUGAAUGUCCAAGCUUGAUGGAAACUACUGUGGAAAACNCAUCUCAAGUUUUUGCUGCAAACACUUUUGGAGGAAACAGACCAUACCAGAAUUAUCAUGAUUCAUCCUCAAAUAGGUAUCAGCAGAACUAG